CAGCUGAAAGCAGCACUGUGAUGCCUGCACCUCCUCCUCCUGUCCUCUGAGGCGUCACAAUCCUGUUUUCCUCCGCGUUGGGACCAGCAGCAGCAGCAGCAGCAGCAGCAUCAGGCUCGCAGACUGAGACCCGGAUCAGGAGAGUGGAUGUCCCGGCUGUGCGCAGACCUGCUGCCGGAUGCAAAGCCAGCUCAGAGUGUGAUGCAGCUGUGUGAUGGGAGGAUCCGCCGGCCAGGAUGGGCAACAAGCAGACAACCUUCACCGAGGAACAGCUGGAGGCGUAUCAGGACUGCACCUUCUUCACCCGGAAGGAAAUCCUGCGGUUACACGCUCGAUAUCGUGAGCUGGCGCCACAUUUAGUGCCGCUGGACUACACCAACAACCCCGACAUCAAAGUCCCGAUGACGCUCAUCGUCACCAUGCCUGAACUGAAGGAAAACCCGUUUAGAGAGAGAAUCGUGGAGACGUUCUCCGAGGACGGACAGGGGAACCUGAGCUUCAGCGACUUCAUCGAUAUGUUUUCUGCCCUCUGCGAAGCUUCACCCAGAGAGCUCAAGACCAUUUACGCCUUCAAGAUAUACGACUUUAACAGGGACAACUUCAUCUGUAAGGAGGACCUGGAGAAGACCCUGAACAAGCUGACCAAAGGGGAGCUGACGCCCGAGGAGGUCACGCUGGUGUGUGACAAAGCCAUCGAGGAGGCCGACCUCGACGGAGACAACAAGCUCUCAUUCGCCGACUUUGAGAACAUGAUCUCCAAGGCUCCUGACUUUCUGAGCAAUUUCCACAUACGAAUAUGAGGCAGCUGAGAUCCUGCAGAGGAAAGACGUCUCUCUUCGACCCCGAUUCCACCUGAACCUCGGACCCAGCUCGACUCAGUGCCUGUCCUUUCUACUGCCGGCGGGGAGUCUUCUUUCCUGAAAGAUCCUGAGACCUGGACUGUCUCGAUCACGCAGUCAUUCCAGAGGGGAUACGGUUACUGCAUGAAGCCUCUCUCUGGGAUGGAUUUUGAACUCAGCUUAGACAGGGCUGACUUUCUUCUCCCCUGUGGACGUUUCCGAUUUUCUGAGAAACAUCUGUGAGGACGGCGCCGCAGUGGAUACAGAACAGGGCUUUUCUGAAUUUAGUGCUUUUCAGAAAGGCCUCAUCCAAAACUGGAUUCUUUUUAAAAGCACAUCUUUAAAGGGCAAAACAGUGAGGAGCUAUGCAAUCUUUCUCCAUAAAGUGCAUGUUGUAAAUUGCUUCUAGCUGGUGAAUUUGUACAUCUGGUUUAGUGAAGCAUUCUGGUGCAUAACGACAAUCAUAGUAAACUGUAGCUCAGUUGAUGGAAGGGCUCUCUCUGUCAUCUCACCUGUACUCCUGGCUUUGAUAAAACUUUUUCCUGCCUCCUACUAACUUGAUAUGACAGCUUUCACUCUUUCAAGACAAAAUAUUUUAUGGCUAGAAUCAAAUAAAAGGUUGUUCUGUCACUCGAUGCUUCACGAGGCUUCUUGUCUGAGAAAACCGAUCCAGGUUCAGGCAAGGGCGCGAGCUGUUCCUCAUCCUGCAGCUAAACACAUCAGGUCUUAACAUUGGUUUGUACCAUCAAGUGUCUAGAGGAAGAACAGGAGGAGGUCCAGGAAUGCUGUUGGUCUGCAGCUUUGAAGGUCUGAAGGUUUGCUCUGCUACAGGAAGACACUUCAAAGCACCUUUCACUGUAAGCCUUUCUCUUAAUGCACAAUUUAUAUGAGAAAUGAUUUACAAUACUGCAUAGUUUCACCUAGUAGGACUCUCACUGGGCUGUUGGUUACAGGGAGCACUGUCAUGCUGGGGGAGGAGGUGGAGGAGCUGCAGUUUGGAUGGGCCGUUCAGUCGUUACACUUUUAGAGCCUGCAGAUAACACGCUAUCUCAAACUUAUCACUUUUGAUUUAAAUACUCUGCUAAUUCACCGAAAGAUUCAAACCCCACAAAAAUCAUUUUAUCACAAAUCUAUUUAUAAUAUAACUUUCCUUCCAGUUCACCCAGCUCAAAUGUCUUCAAAAGAUUUUUCCCCUAAAAUUCUGAACGAGGACUGCAGAAAAGCAGCCAAGAGGAAUUAUUGGCUGGAAUCAUUUGCAUUAUCUGUACCCAGUCAUGUCUAACAAUAGAGGAAUGACUACUCCUGUUCUGACCUCUAGAGACGUGAUCCAGUCUACAGAUCAGUUAGCGUAGCUGCUAGUGGUCUCCUAUUAACUGUGGGGUCAGAGCCAGCUGUAGUGAUUCAAGGAAUAAGAAAUAGAUGUGUAAAGACGGAGCUUCAGACAUCCGUCUGUACUAAGAGGCCUGGAAUUACUGGGAAACUAGAAGGUACAAGAUGAGUUCACCUCUCCUUCACAGUACAGUCAGCUGGCUGUGAGUUUGAACUCUGGGUGGUGUGAAUAAGCUGAAGCGCCUCCUCCUGCAGCUGCUGUUCAGGUCAGGCUGCAGAGGCACAUCCGUCCUGAUUAUCAUGAGCAGCCAACUGUAGUGAAGACACGGCGUUCCUGCUGCUGCAGCACAGCAGCCUUCAUCUGCUGGAUUACACAACCUCCACCAGGACACACCUGACAUUUACAGGUACAGCACACUGCACGCAGGGCAGGAUGAGCACCCCGCAAGGCCACCAGUCUGUAAUGAUCUAUGCAGCAUAUGCUAAUCUCAACCAGGAUAACAAAAAGAUUAAAUGUCGAUUUUUGCCAAACGAGGUUUCUCUCUCUGCAGUGAUGGUGGAGAAACGUGAGGUUAGCAUACUGAGUCAGAAGAGUCACAACAACAAUAAACAGGAAGUCAGUAAUGUUAGUGUGUCAGCAGGUGGAGCUGCAGUAGUAGCACUUUAGUAGCACUCUAAUUUGAAUCGUUGACUGAUGCCCUCAGACUAACAACUAAUU